UGUUGCCAUAGCAACAACAUCAAAUCUAUUUCAUCUUUAAAAUUUGGUUGAUUUAGUGCCAUUUAUAAGGAAAUGUGUGAAAUAACGUAUUGCUGCGAUAUAGAUAAAUCUGUUUUAAUAUCUAAUUUCGAAAAAAGAGGAUGGUUGCCAGUUGGCCCCGAAGAAGAUUGGAAUGUAUACUGGGCAUCAGUUCCGACCGUACGUGCAAUUUUUAGUAUAGAAACUGGAUAUCGUCUUGGUGAUAAUCAAGUUAUCAGUCAUUUUCCUAAUCAUUAUGAAUUAACACGUAAAGAUUUAAUGGUGAAGAAUAUAAAAAGAUACAGAAAAGAUUUGGAAAGAGAAGGAAGUGCUUUAGCAGAAAAGGACGAAAAUGGAAAAUAUGUUCAUCUUGGUAAUAAAUAAUUUUUUCAAUGUUUAUUUUAGAUUUUAUCAAAUUUUAAUAAUAACUUUAAGCAUCGACACACAAAAACCUUUAUAAUGCAGCCUCUUAAUUCAAAAUUUACUAAUGUUUUUGCUCAAGGUGUUGGAAUUUUUCUCAUUAAUAAACUUUCUCAAUUGAAAAAAUGGUCUCGUGAUAGUGCAAGCUUUAAUCCAGCUACAGUAAAGGAGUCUUAUGUCAUAUCACGCUACAUUGAUAAUCCAUUACUCAUCGGAGGGAGAAAGUUUGAUUUAAGAAUAUAUGUUUUAGUCACUUCUUUUCGCCCAUUGAAACUUUAUGUUUAUCAAUUGGGAUUCUGUCGAUUUUGCCAUGUGAAGUACACUUGCAGCGUUAGUGAAUUGGAUAAUAUAUUUGUCCAUUUAACAAAUGUUUCUAUUCAGAAACGAGGUGAAGAAUACAAUAGUGUUCAUGGUGGAAAGUGGACUAUACAAAAUUUAAGACUGUAUUUAGAAGGAAUAAGAGGAAAAGAGACUACAGAUAAAUUAUUUGACAAAAUUAACUGGUUAAUACUUCAUUCCAUGAAAGCAGUUGCAAGCGUGAUUGUUAGUGAUCGUCAUUGUUUUGAAUGCUAUGGUUAUGAUAUCAUAAUCAGUAAUGAUUUGAAACCCUGGCUUAUUGAAGUAAAUGCAUCUCCAUCGCUAACUGCAACUACAUCAAAUGACCGAGUACUCAAAUCUAAAUUGAUAUCGGAUAUUCUGAACAUAAUAGUUCCCCCAAGUGAAUUGCCUGAUGCUCGUUGGAAUAGGACUCCAGACAAAUCUGCUUUGGGGAAUUUUUAUCUCCUUUAUGAUGAAGAAGCAGUUUUAGCUGAAUCUGGUAACAAAAAAGAGAUUUCCAAACAAAAAGGCGAAACGAGUCGUACUGGAACCAGAGGAAAAGAGAAGUCAGUGCCUCAUUGGAGAUGACAUACAAAAAAACGCAGCAAAAAGCAAAAUUCUAGUCACAGAUAACAUUAAACAUAAGUUAAUUACUCAAAUAAUUUUAAAUUAUAUCAACUUUAAAACACAUUUUACAAUUUUCUUAAGCUUAAUAUAAAGAAUUUAAGCUGUUACAAUGAAAAAUUUACUACUUAGCAUUUGUCACAGUAUUUAAAUUAUAAUAAUAUAAAAAAUUCUAAUUGAAUCAAUGUCUCUACUCUUGCCUUGUGAUGUUAACUUCAUCUUUAUCUGAAAUGACCUUAAUGUGAAAUGCAUUUUUGAAAUAUAUGUUAAAACUGAAGUAUUUUAAUAUUUCACAUUUUUAUAUUUAUGUAUUUAUUCUGCUGUAUAAAUAAAAAAA